AUGGCGGAUGUCGAUAUGACGGACGCCCCGGCCUCUGCGCCCGUUGUCAAGAAGAACACCGCCGCCGAGAGCAAAGGGAAGAAGGCAGAUGGCAAGCCUCGGUUCGAGGUCAAGAAGUGGAACGCAGUGGCUCUUUGGGCUUGGGAUAUUGUCGUUGACAACUGUGCCAUCUGUCGAAACCAUAUAAUGGAUUUGUGUAUUGAGUGCCAGGCCAACCAGUCAUCGGCCACCUCAGAAGAAUGCACAGUCGCGUGGGGUAUUUGCAAUCAUGCGUUCCAUUUCCAUUGCAUCUCGAGAUGGCUUAAGGCGCGUCAAGUUUGCCCUCUCGAUAAUAGAGACUGGGAGUUCCAGAAAUAUGGACGUUAA